AACAGACUCAUGGACACAAUCACGCAAUAGUAAACACAAACAACAUUGUUUCACAUUCUUUAAUAACAGACUAAUAAACACAAUCACGCUUUCUUCACAGCUUUCCUCGCMCUUCACAGCUUCCCCGGGAAACUCGACGCCUCAGGCGGACAAAAUAGUACUGGAGGAAGAAGUUCGCUUCUGCUGCAGUGUUCGUGAUCAAAUAUAACGCGUUGCGGCGGUGCUUCGUAAUACAGGACUGCUCAGGUACUUCGUUCAACCGUCAAAGGAGUGGUGUAGAAUCAACAGCCAGUGUAUAGCGCUCUAGUGACAGACGGGGGACUCGACUUCAAACUAUUACUGUUUUGCCGGGACUCGAAUCCAUUCAUGGGUUACCAAUUGAGUAACUCGCUCUCGAACCGAGAGACCAACGGUAUCUAAUUUAUAUCUUAUGGAGUUCAGGCGAGGAGCAYCCCACUAACCAUGCUGCACUCAUAAGCUGUUGGUGCCGUCUUUGUUUGCAGAGGAAAGUCUGCGGCUCACUUUCCUUUUUCCAGCGGAGGCGAGAUUCGUAUUUUUUUUAUUUUUUUUGGCAGCCUUUCUUCUGCCUCUCUCCUUCCUUUCCCCCGAUCGGCUCGCUCCCGUCGCCAUCCAACUGACUCGAAGCAUCUUUGUUUUUACGGAGUAUACACUUUCCUGCUCGAUCAGCACCAUGAAUUCGGAUAUAAAUGUGUACCUCGGCCGGGAUAAAACGGGCAUCAUGCGGAAGAGAGCCCUGCUUCUCCGGAAAGGGUGUAGUUUUGAGAUUAGUUCGAGCUCUGCCUCGGAGGACUUGGGCUGCAGGCGUGGAGACUUCAGCCGAAAACACUAUGGCUCGGACUACACCCCGGGAAUCUGGAGAAGAACCGAUGUCCAUUUGGAGAACCCAGAGUACCACACCAGAUGGUUCUUCAAAUACUUCCUGGGAAAAGUCCACCAGAAUUACAUUGGCACGGAUGCAGAGAAGAACCCCUUCUACCUGUCUGUGGUUCUGUCUGACCAGAACAACCAACGGGUCCCUCAGUAUAGAGCCAUCCUCUGGAGGAAGACAGGAACUCUGAAGAUCAGUCUGCCAUACAGCCCCACUAAAACACUAUCAGUCAAGUCCAUCUUAAGUGCGAUGAACCUGGACAGGUUUGAGAAGGGCCCGAGGGAGAUUCUCAACCCAGAGAUACAGAAGGACCUACUGGUGUUGGAGGAGCAAGAGGGUUCUGUUAACUUCAAGUUCGGUGUCCUGUAUGCCAAAGAUGGACAGCUCACAGAUGAUGAGAUGUUUAGCAACGAAACAGGAAGCGAGAGCUUCGAUAAGUUCCUCAACCUGCUAGGGGACACAGUCUCUCUGCAGGGCUGGGCGGGUUACCGCGGUGGACUGGAUACCAAAAAUGACACUACAGGAAUGAACUCCAUCUACACAGUGUACCAGGGCCAUGAGCUGAUGUUCCACGUCUCCACCAUGCUGCCCUACUCCAAGGAGAACAAGCAACAGGUGGAGAGGAAAAGACACAUUGGGAAUGACAUUGUCACCAUAGUGUUCCAGUUCCAGGAAGGGGAGGACACAUCUCCGUCAUUUAAACCCUCCAUGAUCAGAUCACAUUUCACACAUAUCUUUGCGUUAGUUAUAUACAACAGUCAAAACGACAGUUACAGAUUGAAGAUUUUCUCUGAGGAGAGUGUGCCACUGUUCGGACCACCCCUUCCCUCACCACCAGUGUUUACAGACCACCAAGAAUUCAGGGACUUUUUGUUAGUCAAGCUGAUCAAUGGCGAGAAGGCCACCCUGGAGACGCCCACGUUUGCCCAGAAGCGCCAGCGAACCCUGGACAUGCUGAUCCGUUCCCUCUACCAGGACCUCAUCCCUGACCUCCACAAGAACAUGCUCAACAGACGCUCGUUCAGUGACGUGCUUCCAGAGUCGCCCAAGUCCGCCCGCAAGAAGGAGGAGGCACGACAGGCCGAGUUCGUCAGGAUAGGACAGGCACUAAAGCUGAAGACCAUCGUCAGAGGAGAUGCCCCCACCAGUCUGGUCACUACGGGCCUGUGUAGAAAAGAGCCUUGGGAGUCCCAGUCGUUCUGCAGUACGUUUUCCUAUGAGACAGUGUGUGCUGACUCCUGGGGUCAGUCUCUGUUGGUCGCCACAGAAGCAGCAGGGGUCAUGAUGAUAGAUGCUGUCGAUCCACUUCUUUCAAACCCAGACGCCCAGGUCCUGCCCCCGGUGCAGGUGUUUGAUAAGACCAUGGUGGUGAAGCAGAUGCAUGUUCUAGAGCCUCAGGAUCUCCUCAUCACCAGGACUGACAAAGGGAAGGAUGCUCGUCUCUAUGUGUUCAGACUGAGCAUGCUCAAGAGAGGCCUGGAGGAGAGGCAGCUGGUUCGCACCAAGUGUGACAGCCGAGAAAACAAACUGGAGAAGACCAAAGGGUGUCACCUGUACUCUAUCAACACCCACCACGGGUCAGAGUUGAGGAUCGUGGCAGCCAUCAGAAACAAGCUCCUCCUCAUCACCAGGAAACAGCCCCGCCCAGAUGGCAUGGGCACCGCAACCGACUCGCCCGUGGACCAGUUCCAGUACAUACGGGAAAUCUGUCUGUGUGAAACUCCGGUGGUGAUGGCUUUGGUGGAUGGUCCUACAGGGGAGAACGACAACAUGAUCUGCGUGGCCUACAAACACCAGUUUGACCUGAUCAACGAGAGCACCGGGGACGCAUACAGGCUGCACCACGUAGACGCCAACCGGGUCAACUUUGUGGCAGCCAUCGAUGUGUACGAGGAUGGGGAGGCUGGUCUUUUGUUGUGUUACAAUUAUAUCUGUUCCUAUAAGAAGGUGUGUCCGUUCAACGGCUCCACCCCCAUGAUCCAGUCCAACGCGUCUGACUUCCACUUCAGCUGGAACCAGAUGCCCAAUGCCAUCGUGUGUGCGUUCCCCUACAUCCUGGCUUUUACCACUGACUCCAUUGAGAUCCGGCUGGUUGUCAACGGUAACCUGGUCUAUACAGCUGUGGUGCCAGAGCUGCAGCUGACUGCCUCGAGGUCGGACAUCUACUUUGUGUCGUCCGCUCCGGUCAACUCGGCUUCCAACUGCAGCUCCCGGGACACCAGUUCCCAGAGUUCGCCACAGACGCCCACAGGCUACGAAAUGCCUGUGUUCCCCUCACCGCUCGGUGACGAUUCCAUACGGAUCCCGUACGGUACCAAGCUUUCCCUGUACAUGUCUAAGGAUGCCGAAGGUGAGGCACAGUGUAAGCAUAUUUUCAAGAUCCCCCUGAGUAACCUGGUGGGCCGCAGCAUCGAGAGGCCCCUCAAGUCGCCACUGGUCAACAAGGUGGUGACGGGCUUGACAGCACAGGUCCCUAGCAUGUGUGUGGCCCCCGCGGGGCCCCUCAUGCAGGGGGCUUCACACACCCUGUCGCUGUCCCGCAUGGAGAUCAAAGAGAUUGCCAGCCGCACCCGCAAAGAGCUGCUAG